GUAAUCGGAACCCACUCCAUGACGAAACCUUCGCAUCAUUCAAACUGAAGUCUGCGAGUCAUCGCCAAGGCUGACGGAAAGUUUGAACCCAUUUUUAUAAAUCUUUCGCAGCAUAGAUGAAUGAUAUAUCGCAACUUCUUUAUAUCGUCUAUUCAAUUUUUGGGUCGCUUUGCUGGUAUCAAUUAGUCCGAAUCCUCACUAACUCAUUUAACCAUGACAUCGCAAUUUAAAGAUGAAAAAAAUAUCCCUGUUUCAAAACAGGAGUUUCCGGGCAAGGAUAGGGACAUGCCCGAUCCUAAACCCACUCGUGAGGAGCUCCCAGAUGCAGGUGGAACAAGCACAACGUACAAAGCAGCGGAUAAGCUUCAUGGUAAAAGAGCGCUCAUAACUGGCGGCGAUAGUGGCAUAGGAGCAGCUACCGCAGUGUUAUUUGCGAAAGAAGGCGCUGUGUCGACAAUAGUCUACCUCCCCGAGGAAGAAAAGGACGCUCAAGAUACUAAGAAACAGGUUGAGUCUCUUGGGGGAACCUGCCAUCUAUUCGCCACAGAUCUUGCCAAGAGGGAGAAUUGCCAAAAGGCAAUUGACUUUUCCUUGGAAAAGAUGGGCGGGAUAGACAUUCUCUUUAAUAAUGCGGCUUAUCAAAUGAUGGUUGAGGAUAUUCUUGAUUUGCCAGAGGACCAGUGGGUUCAUACCUUUAACAUCAACAUGCACUCUUAUUUUUACAUGGCCAAGUACGCUCUUAAGCACAUGAAGCGUGGCGCCGUUAUCAUCAACAACGCGUCUAUAAAUGCGUACAUUGGCCGACCGGACUUGCUGGAUUACACCUCUACCAAAGGAGCCAUAAUUUCCUUCACAAGAGGAUUGAGCAACCAGUAUAUUGGAAAGGGAAUCAGAGUCAACGCUGUCGCCCCAGGGCCAGUGUGGACUCCGUUGAUCCCUGCAACCAUGAAUGAAAAGGCGCAGAAAGAAUUCACCAGUCCCAUGGGUCGACCAGCCCAGCCCUCGGAAAUCGCGAGUUGUGUCGUGUUUCUUGCUUCGAUGGAUAGCUCUUGUGUCAGUGGGCAGACCAUUCAUUGCAAUGGCGGGACUGUGGUGAAUGGCUGAACGAGGAUUGAUGAGGUAGAUAACUGCUGGAGGCUCAUCUAUCUCUAGCAUCAAAAAGACUUAGGCAAGAUUAGAUUGACGAACUGAUGACUUGAUCUCCAGGGCUGGACAAGCCCAAGAAUAUCUUUUUCUCUGCAUCCCGGAGAGCAUGUUCUCGUCUACAAUAUGUACUAUUAUGUGUUAAAUAGCCAUCUGCGAAUACACGAUGGUUGGGUAAUGUCAAAUCUGGGUAUUGUUCUUCGGGAGCUCUCAAGACAGUUUACAUUGAUACGAUCCGCC